AUUAAAUUAAAAAAUUUGGGAUAAAUGAAGUAACAUAGUUAUGAAAGAAAAAAAGAACGGGGUCUUAUCGAAUAGCAUAGAGCAGCAGGAAUAAAAGCCUUUGCACUUUGAUAAACUGGAAAAAAAAGGAAAUGUACGGCGGAGCACCGUCGGCCGGAAUAGGAACAAGCGGCGGCGGCGGCGGCAGCGGCAGCGGAGGUAGAGGAAGAGGAGGAGGAAGAACAUGGCCGUCGACGACGUCGGUAUCAUCAUCAGGUAAGAGAAUACAGAAAGAGAUGACAGAGUUAAGCAUGGAAGCACCGCCAGAUUGUGCAGCGGGACCUAAAGGCGAUAAUCUUUAUCAUUGGGUUGCUACUAUAUUCGGUCCUCCCGGAACACCUUAUGAGGGUGGCAUUUAUUUUCUUGAUAUAACCUUUCCUUCUGAUUAUCCAUUUAAACCUCCAAAGGUUGUAUUCAAAACUCGCAUAUAUCAUUGUAAUGUUGAUCCUGCCGGCAAUGUUAGCUUGGACAUCCUAACAGAUAACUGGAGUCCAGCAUUAACAAUCUCGAAGGUGCUACUUGCUCUGAGAUCAAUGUUCACCAAUCCUCAAACUUAUAAGCCGGUUGUUCCUGGUAUUGCUCACUUAUACUUGGGAGAUAAAGCCAAACAUGAUGAAAUUGCUUCACAGUGGACACUGAGAUUUGCAAGGUGAAAGAAGAACUUGAUGUGGCCCUAUUUCAAUAAGUUCAGGUCAGCCACUGCUUAGUUUGAAGUUUGACAAGCACAGAAAAGCUGUUGUAGACGAUAUUUAAAGUUACAAUCUGUAUAUAGAUCAUAUAUAUAAAUUCGACUUCUGUCAUUAAAUUUUCCAAAUUUUGCAUUUA